AUCGCUGGAGAAAAACUAUUCCGAUUCUCUGUGUUUCAUCUGUAACAUCAAAUAUCUAUCAUGGUUAAAGAAAAGACUCAUAUCAACAUCGUGGUUGUCGGCCACGUCGACUCCGGGAAAUCUACCACUACCGGUCAUCUCAUCUACAAAUGUGGUGGAAUCGACAAACGUUCCAUCGAAAAGUUCGAAAAGGAAGCUGCCGAGAUGGGAAAGGGAUCUUUCAAGUAUGCCUGGGUUCUCGACAAGCUGAAGGCGGAACGUGAACGUGGUAUCACCAUCGACAUUGCUCUCUGGAAAUUUGAAACAGAGAAGUACGAAGUCACUGUCAUUGAUGCUCCUGGCCAUCGUGAUUUCAUAAAGAACAUGAUUACCGGAACCUCACAGGCUGACUGUGGUGUUUUGGUCGUUGCUGCCGGUGUUGGCGAGUUCGAAGCUGGUAUCUCUACACACGGGCAGACUCGUGAGCAUGCCCUGUUGUGCUAUACCUUGGGAGUCAAACAGCUCGUCGUCGUCAUCAACAAGAUGGACAGUACUGAGCCCAAGUUUUCCGAGGCCCGUUUCCAUGAGAUUGUGAAGGAAGUCACUGCCUAUAUCAAAAAAGUGGGCUAUGACCCCAAGGGUGUUCCAUUUAUUCCCAUCUCUGGAUUUCACGGCGAUAACAUGCUUGAGCCUUCGGAGAAUAUGCCUUGGUUCAAAGGAUGGAAGUUAACACGUAAGGCUGGAGACGCAAGUGGAAUGACCCUUUUUAAUGCGCUUGAUGCCAUUUUACCCCCUUCGAGGCCAACAGAAAAGCCUCUUCGACUUCCUCUCCAAGAUGUAUACAAGAUCGGAGGCAUUGGAACUGUUCCAGUGGGUCGUGUUGAGACAGGGACAAUGAAAGCUGGCCUUGUUGCUACUUUCGCCCCUGUCAAUAUUACCACUGAGGUGAAAUCAAUUGAGAUGCACCAUGAAAAUUUAGAAAAGGCUCUGCCAGGUGACAAUGUUGGUUUCAAUGUCAAGAACGUCUCAGUAAAGGAACUCAAGAGAGGUUAUGUCUGCGGAGACAGCAAGAACGACCCUCCAAAAGAAGCAGCGGAAUUUAAGGCACAGGUAAUCAUCAUGAACCAUCCUGGGCAGAUCCAUGCUGGCUAUUCCCCGGUUUUGGAUUGCCACACCGCUCACAUUGCCUGCAAGUUUGCCAAUCUCCUAGAGAAGAUCGACCGUCGAUCAGGCAAGGUUCUCGAGACAAACCCAAAGAUGGUGAAGUCUGGUGACGCUGCCAUCGCCACAUUGGUUCCUACGAAGCCGAUGGUGGUCGAGAGCUACGUGGAAUUCCCUCCGCUUGGUCGAUUUGCUGUACGUGACAUGAAGCAGACCGUUGCUGUAGGUGUCGUGAAGGCUGUCGAGAAGAAAGAAUCAUCCGGCGGCAAGACGGAGUAUUAUCAUUACCCCAGCUAUAGCUUGAGCUGCCUUCCACAGUGCUCAGUGCAUUCAAGGAAUUAAUCCUGCUGGGUACCCUCCACCUCAUCAUCGGUGUUCAGUACAGCAGUGUGGGUGAAUUUCAUUCUAAAGAAAACCACGUCAUGACUGGGAUUCGAGACCACGUCCCUCUGAUUGAAAGAAGAGAGCCAUAACCACUAGACCAUGACGCCCCCAUAUUACGUCCGAGCCAGAAAAUGUACACUUUAGCUGUUUUAGUGUCGACAGUGAAACAUGUCAUUUUUAAACCUAUCGAAUAUACACAGAAAGAUAUGUGAGUGGAAAAUUGUCAUAGUUGGAGCCUAUUUCAAUACAAGGGUGUGCAGCUACCGAGUUAUUGAAUCCGGCACUUUUGACUGUGAAUCUUUGAAUUCGAAACCUAUUUUCAUUUAACUAUAAUUCUUAUUCAUUUGGUUUUGUACCAGCCAUUUUAGUCUUGUGUAUCAGCCAUGUCCAUGCAUAGUAUGCUCUUUAACGCAAGUGCCAUUUAUGUGAUACACGUCGGCUUAUAUACAACCCACUUUGGUCUUUCAGCGGAUGGAAAUGUUUAUGUACUGAUAUGUUAUUUUGUUGUAUACUUUCUAUUAAAUUGCAUCAAUCAUGUUGACAAUUCCGUGAAUCCUUUAUCAAGGACAAUCAGCAUCUAGAAUAGUGUAGACAUUCAUUCCAAAAAAAAAGAGAAAGAAAGAAAAUACAAAUCGAUCCAUAUCCUCUUAAAGCCUAUCUUUACUUUUGGUUAAUCUCCCAAAGUAGAUAUUCCUUUACCGUGUUUAUCAAUCAUUAUAUGAAUGUGUGCCCUUUACUCGAUUGCGAUAUGAAAGAUACGAAAAUGAAAAUAUGUUGAAAGUAUAGAAAUUUUUCCAGGAAAAUUCAUUUUUUUGAUCGUGUACCCGAUCCAAAUACGAUAAAUGCGUAAUUUUUGUCUUGCUUACUAUACAUAACUUCAUCUCAAGCACUGAAUGGGUUGGAUAUGUCAAAGACUAGUACAAUCUCUUUUUGUAGCUUUUUCUAAGUCUGUAUAAUGAGCUGAAUAGGCUAUUUUACGUUAGAAAAAAUGAAAAUAUAAAAAAUGAAAAUGUCAAAUUUAAAUUCUAAUGGCUGAAAAUGCCAAAUCUGAAUGGUAAUAGCGAAAAAGGAACAUUCAUUGACCACUACACAUUUGCAAUGAUUAUGGAUGUUGAACGAUAUUGGAGUAUAAUUCACUUUGCUCACGACCAUUUACCAAUGGUUUAGGCAAGCUUAAAUCUUGACUUUUCCUGUGUGGUAUGUAAAAAAUAAAUUAAAUGAAAUUAUUAUAAUCGUGUGAUGGUUUCAUAGGUUUACCUGGCUUACAAAUGUAAUUCUAAUACCACAGACUGCUUAAUAAAUCUCUUUUUUGCA